AUGGCUUUUUUGAAGGUACUGGAACAGAAAUUCGAGACCAUUGACAGGAAUCACGACGGGAAAAUAACUUUGAAGGAACUGUCGGAGUUCCUGGUCGCCUUCGGUUUUCAGGCGGGACAGGCUCAAAGAUUCACCUGGAACCCAGCUGAAUCUCGCGUUUGUAAUGUUUCCAGGCAACGGAAUGUGGUGCACCAGGCCGUUUCCGUUGCUACGAUAUUCGAGAAAUCGGGAUACAUGUAUAGAUAUAGUGUACUACUCAUAAGGCUGCUGACGGAUUGUCGACGAAUUUUCAGCAACCUCAUGAGUAGAAUGCAUGAAGAAAGUCGACACGAACAAGGAUGGAGUGAUUUCAAAAGAGGAAUUUCUGGCGGCCGUUCGACAUUUCAAACCAGAAAAGUUCUCCGAAAUACACUCACUUGCAAACAAAUCUGGUUUUUUGGGAGGCUCAUUUGGAACUCAGCUGAAUCUCUCGUUUGUGGUGUUUUCAAGCAAAUGAGUGUGCUUCACCAGGCCACCUCAUGUUUCAGUUGCUACGACAUCCGAGAAAUUGUGAUACAUUUAGUGCACUACUCAUAA